AUGUUGGAUAACUUGACCUCCUACCCUGCCUUGCAAGGCCCCCACAAGGGCGAUCUCCUACUUCCUUCUGAUGAUGGAUAUAAACAGUCCGUCAAGAGAUUCGCAGCUACUGCACAGAAACCAGCUGGAUUAGUUGCUUUUGUGAAAGACGACGGCGAUAUACAGGCUGUACUGAGCUUUGCGAAAGAGGAAAAUAUCGAGAUUGCUGUAAAGUGCGGUGGACAUAGUGUCUCAGGGGCAUCUUCCACCUCAGGUGGAAUAGUCAUUGACCACUCAAGGUAUCUCAACGAAGUUACUGUAGAUGUCGAGCAGAAGAUCGCGCAUGUAGGCGGAGGAGCAACUUGGAGAGACGUAGAUCUGGCUACUUCACCUCAUGGGAUGGCUUCCGUAGCUGGCACUGUCAGCCAUCUGUUCUGGGCGAUCCUUGGCGGAGGCGGUAAUUUUGGUAUCGUCCCUUCGUUUUCACUUCGACUUCACCCUCAAAGAUCAGAAGUGUUUACGGCCGACUUGCAUUUCCCUGGAGAGAAAGUGGUGCAAUUCUUCGAAGCUUUGGGAGGAUGGUUGAAAAUGCAGACAGAGAAAGACUUGUUAUUUAUCUUUUUCCAAGAUAUGGGUAAUGGGCCGGUCAUCAUGGCUCAUUGUUUCCAUAAUGGACCUCAGGAAGAUGGUAAGAAACAUUAUAAAGCGUUCUACGGUCUAGGUCCAAUUGUCGAUACCACCGAGAUGAUUCCCUAUCUAUCACUCAAUCAAGCUAUAGACGAUGAUCGACCAUACGGUACAGGUCUGUACUGGCACGGAACUAUAUUCCCUUCACCCAUCACCCAUCCAGAAGCAGGUCACAAACUAUGGGAAUCAUACCAUGAUGUAUGUGUGAAAGAACCGGAAUUUAGUAAAUCUACUUUUACGAUAUUAGAAUUUCAUCAUCCCUCUAAGUUGAUGGAGAGGUCCAAUGGGGAAAUGGCAUUCAACAACAGGGGUGAACAGAUUAAUAUGUUAAUCGGAAUAGGAUGGGAUGGCAUAUUGGGUAAUCAACCUUUUGAAAAGGCUAAGAAGUAUGCUAAGGGGAUCGCGAAUGCUGCGUCGGAUAAGGGUGAAAACGAAGAUGGAUACGCUAAUUGGGAAUCCAAUACCCCGACUGGGUACAACAGAUCGAUCAGAGCUUUUGGGGAUAAGUAUCCAAGAUUGCAAGCUUUGAAGGCGAGAUAUGAUCCUAACAAUAUGUUCAACAAAUGGCAUCCUAUCGAGCCAAAGGCGGAUUGA